AUGGACGAAAGGACGCUAUCUUCGCUGUUGGUAAAAUUUCAGGAAUCGAACAAAGAAUUUCUUGAAAAAAUCUUGCAACAAAACUUGGCAUCGUUGCAGCGCGUGCUAGGCACUGACUGCCACUCAAGUACUGCGCCGGUCUUUAGAAGCUUCAACAAAAAUGUAGAAAAAUGGUCUACAUAUGUCCAGCAAUUAGAACAUCAUUUCAUUGCCAACAAUGUCACAGAGGACACUAUGAAACGCGCGAGUCUUCUGUCCUGGAUCGGUACGGAAACGUUCGAGCUGCUACAAAAGCUAAGCGACAAUAACUUGGAAGGGAAGUCCUUCAGUGAGGUAAAAUCGCUUCUAGAUAGUCACUUUAUUGAAAAGCAGCAUAUUCUGGCGGCCCGAUUUAAGUUUUAUUCAAUUAGAAUGAAGCCCAGUCAAACUUAUGUCGAAUGGGUGGCUGAGUUGCGUGGUGCUGCGAGAGAGUGCAUGUUCGAAUGCGCUGCAGAUGGGUGCCGUAAAUCUUUUCUCGAUAGUAACAUAAGGGAUAUGAUUAUCAUGCAUACACCACAUGAUAAAGUGCGAAGUGCAGCUCUCCAAAAGCCUAACCCUACAUUAGAUGAAGUAUUGCAAAUAGCUACAGUGUACGAGUCGACAAUCAAAACGUGCUUGGAGAUUAAGGGUGAGGGGGACGCACCAGCCUCGAAAAAAGAGAAUGCAGACAAUGUGAACGUGGUGAGUAAUACGCUUUUCGAGAGUAUAGGCGUCGCCGAGGUAUCGUUAGCAAAUACGGCUGCUGAUAAAAUUCUACUAAACAUAGACAUCAAUGACAGAACGUUGGAAUUUCAAGUAGACACAGGUGCUACGUGCUUGCUCAUAGGCCUCCCUACAUACCGCAUAUUAGGCGAACCGAGAUGUGAACCCACUAACAAAAUUCUGAAGGCGUACGGUGGGAACGUUUUACCCCUUGUAGGAACAACUAAUGUGAAAGCUAAAUGGAGAGAUACGAUCAAAUCCUUACCACUGCUUGUUGUAAAAUCUGAACGCGCAACCAAUAUUCUUGGGCUAGACUGGUUUAAAAUGCUGAAAUUUCAGGUAGACUUACAAGAUAACGAAAUUUCUGGUAACGUGUGUAAUACUUGUUCGUUCACGGAAGAGGCAUCACAGCUAAAUUUGCGCGUUUCUCUCAGGCAGUGUGUUAACCAGCACCCGGAAAUAUUCUUAUCAAAGCUGGGAAACUGCAAAACGUUUAAGGCAAAUAUCACUCUUCAGCCUAAGGCAAAACCGAAAUUCUUUAAGCCUUACAAUUUACCAUUUGCUCUUCACGCUGAUGUGAAAGCUGAAAUUGAGCGACUUGUUAAAGCUGAAGUGUUGAAACCUAUACGCGUGAGUGAAUGGGCAGCGCCAAUCGUAGUUGUGCGAAAGCCAAACGGUAAAUUUCGAAUUUGUGCUGAUUUCAAAGUCGCUUUGAAUUCCCAAAUCCAAAUCGACCGGUACCCGAUACCCAGAAUAGAAGAGUUGUUCCAUAAGCUACAAGGUGGUAAAUAUUUCACAAAAAUCGAUCUAAGCGACGCAUAUUUGCAAGUCAAUUUAACCGACGAGGCGAAAAAAUUUACGGUUAUUAAUACUCCAUUUGGAUUAUUUCAAUUUCAGAGCAUGCCUUUCGGAAUGGCUAGUGCGCCUGGAAUUUUCCAACGUUUUAUGGAAGAAGUCAUCGCUGGUGUUCCGCAUUGUGCCGUUUAUUUGGAUGACAUUAUCGUCACCGGCCAAGAUAACGACGAGCACAUCCGUAAUGUAGAAGAAAUUUUUAAGCGUUUAAGCUUUCACGGUCUUACAUGCAGGGUGGAAAAGUGUAAUUUUGCGGAAAAGCAAGUCGAGUACGUCGGGCAUAUCAUCAACGCUACAGGAAUAAUGCCAUCAGAAAAGCGAGUCGACGCAAUUAAACGUAUGCCUCCGCCGAAAAAUAUCAAAGAAAUCGAAUCUUUUAUCGGCAAGGUAAAUUAUUACAAAAAAUUCAUCAGUAACUUUUCAUCUCUUGCAGCGCCUUUAAACAGACUUAGACGUAAAAAUGUUGAAUAUAGAUGGGGGCGACUGGAAGAAAAUUCAUUUCAGAAGUUAAAAAAUGCUAUCGUAGCCACCACACAACUUGUUCACUACGAUGACAGACUACCUAUUAUUUUAGCAGUUGAUGCUUCUAAGUAUGGAAUCGGAGCCGUAAUUUCGCACCGAUAUACAGACGGUAUUGAAAAGCCUAUCGCGCACGCCUCUAAAACACUCAACAGCAGCCAAGCACGCUACUCUCAAAUCGAAAAGGAAGCGUUGGCCAUCAUAUACGGUGUUACAAAAUUCCACCACUAUCUUUACGGUCGGCAUUUUGAGCUCAUUACAGACCAUCAAGCACUUACUACACUUUUCAAUCCGUCAAAAAGGCUACCUGUUAUGGUGCUUCACCGACUUCAACGCUGGGCCAUCGUACUUCAAGCAUAUGACUACACAAUUCACUUCAAAAAGUCUGCGGACAACGCUACCGCAGACGCUCUCUCCAGGUUGCCAGUUGGAGAUGACUACGAUUUCGAUGAAAAAGAAAGCAACUUACUCGGGGUGGAUGCUGUAUAUCAGGCGGCACUGGAAGAUUCAACUCUGAACGCAGAACUCUUGAAAAAGCUUACCGAGGAAGACAGUACCCUUAAGCUAGUUAAGAAAUAUAUACUAGAAGGCUGGCCUCAGAACUUGCCAAACCAAGCUAAACUUGAUGAAUUUUAUAAGCGAAAACUUUGUUUAUCAGUACACAAUGGAGUAGUAAUGGUUCAAACAGAUUAUACCAGAGUUGUAUUACCUGCUGCUACAUAUAGGAAAGUACUCGCUAUGCUGCACGAUGGGCACUGGGGCAAGGGUCGUAUGAAACAAAUGGCAAGACGAUACGUGUGGUUUACAGGUAUAGACGCGGAAAUAGACAAGAUGCAUAAUGAGUGUAGUAUUUGCCAAGCCAAUGCAAGUCAUCCAAAGCGGGAAUUUUCCCCUUGGCCUCAGCCCACAAAACCUUGGGAGAGGAUACAUUUGGAUUUUGCAGGGCCAUUUACAAUCACAUGUGGCUUAUUAUCGUCGACGCAUAUUCCAAUUUCCCAUAUACCGUGA